AUGGACGGAGAGACCGGAGACGGAAACUUUCAUGGCGAGAUUAGAGGCAAUCAAGAGAUCCGGCGGAGAGAGGCUGUGGCGCGAGAAAGCGCGGUGCUUGAGGUCGUGGUGGCAGAGCUAGAGGCCGUGGAGGCCGGGGCUGAGAUUGUGGACUUCGGCGGAUUUGGGAGAGAGUGUGGUGCCGAGUGUGGCGACUGCGUCGGUGACCCAGUCGGUAUCCGUGGCGACUAUUGGCUCGUUUUCCGCCAGUGGUUCCACAGGGGCUCCGGGAGUACCUCUAGGGGCAGAGGUGCAGCAGAGGGCUGCAGGAUUUUAUUUCAGCCGCAGACUGCGGGUUUGAUAGUGCCGUCCUAUUUGGAUAUGAUGGGGCACAUGCAGAGAAUUGGUACCCCGUAUUUCGAGGUUGGAGUUAGCCCAGAGGCGGCAGAUGAGUGGCGUCAGAGAUUGGAGCGGAAUUUGCAAUCUAUCAGAUGUCUGGCUUUGAGUCCCACGUUUUAUUCGACUCUGGAUAAAACGCGUUAUGGGCAUUUUGAGUUUGUGGUUAUGCCUUUCGGUUUGACUAACGCGCCGGCAGCCUUCAUGAGAUUGAUGAACGACGUGUUCAGGGAGUAUUUGGACGUGUUUGUCAUCAUUUUCAUUGACGAUAUUCUGGUAUACUCGAGGAGUCAGGAGGAGCAUGCGACUCACUUGAGGUUGGUUCUGGAGAAGCUUCGGGAGCAGAAGCUUUUUGCUAAGUUGAGCAAGUGCAGUUUCUGGCAGCGAGAGAUGGGAUUUCUUGGCCACAUUGUUUCUGCAGAGGGAGUUUCUGUGGAUCCGGCUAAGAUUGAGGCUAUCAGAGAUUGGCCUAGACCUAGUAGUGCCACCGAGAUCAGGAGUUUUCUGGGUUUGGCAGGAUACUACAGGAGGUUCGUCAAGGGGUUUGCUACCAUGGCGCAGCCGAUGACGAAGUUGACCGGGAAGGAUGUCCCUUUUGUUUGGUCAGCUGAGUGUGAGGAGAGCUUUAGUCAGCUCAAGGAGAUGUUGACUACUACACCAGUGUUGGCGUUACCCGAGCCAGGGAAGCCUUACAUGGUGUAUACAGAUGCUUCAGGCAUUGGUCUUGGUUGUGUGCUGAUGCAGGAGGGCAGAGUGAUAGCAUAUGCUUCGAGACAGUGGCAGGGCAGUGAGCGUAACCGUCCUACACAUGACUUAGAGUUGGGAGCAGUGAUCUUCGCGUUGAAGAUUUGGAGGUCUUACUUGCUAGGUGAGACAGUACAGGUCUUCACGGAUCACAAGAGUUUGCAGCAUAUCUUCACUCAGCCGAUGAUGAACGCGAGACAGACGCGCUGGGUUGAGUUCUUGGCGGACUACAGGUGA